AUGACUGCAAACCAGCCUCUGGUAAACUCUUCUAUCAACAAUCCAGGGUCUAGCUUUGUGGACCUUAUGCAUUCAGAGGGUCUUCCUCUACGGGAAAAUAUGGUAACUUCUAUCUAUGUUAUUGAUAAUGUACCUGAUGUGUGCCUUCCACUUGCCCCCAUAUCCCCAAACAAAUUUGGAUGUCUUGAUCUUAAAGGAGGACAACUUGUAGUGGAGCUUUAUCCUAAUGUUGUUGAAAAGCAAGAGGGGUCCUAUAAGAUACUCAAAUCCCCUAGAAAGCUAAUUGGGAAAGUCAAGAAGAAGAAAGUUAAGAGCAAAAAAGUUAAGGGUGGAACUAAGGAGGUUCCCCUUUGCCCUUCUAUCUCUAUUUCUCCAUGGAACCAACAUAUCACCAACACAUCAAGACUUCCGAAGGAUGCCAGAGUGUCUUUGAUCAUAGUUAACAAUCAAUGGGUCUGGUCUGUGGGCAAAUCUACGGACGUGGAUGAUUUCAACAGCUGUAUACCUAAUUACUCACUAGAUUCUAUGAAGGAAGACUCUGUCAAAUGGACCCCCAAGUCGAAUGACAGGUUCACCACUGAAUCUGGUUGGAACAUCAUUAGGUCCCAAUCCCCUAAAGUACAUUAG